ACGGCUCUUCUCCUCAACUAAUUUCUCGCUCUCUCCUCAGUUUUGAGUUUUUGGGGAGAAUUUAGGUUGUUUGAUUUGAUGAAACAAAAAACCUAAUUUUAAUUUUUGAGAAUUGAUUGAAAGGGAUGGCGAUAGUAUAUGCAGUAGUAGCGAGAGGAAGUGUAGUAUUAGCAGAAUUUAGUGCUGUAUCUGGUAAUACCGAUGCUGUUUGUAGAAGGAUCUUAGAGAAAUUACCAUCUGAAGCUGAAACUAGGCUUUGUUUUUCACAAGAUCGGUAUAUUUUUCAUAUUUUGAAAAUCGAUGGGAUUACUUUUCUUUGCAUGGCCAAUGACACCUUCGGAAGGAGAAUUCCUUUCUCAUACUUGGAGGACAUUCAUAUGCGAUUUAUGAAAAACUACGGCAGAGUAGCUCACUCUGCGCCUGCUUAUGCAAUGAAUGAUGACUUUUCAAGAGUCUUACAUCAACAGAUGGAAUUUUUCUCUAGUAAUCCCAGUGCAGAUGCUCUUGACCGUGUAAGAGGCGAAGUUGAAGAGGUACGUACCAUCAUGGUCGACAAUAUUGAUAAAAUACUUGACAGAGGUGAUAGAAUAGAACUUCUGGUUGAUAAAACUGCCACAAUGCAAGAUAAUACCUUUCAUUUUAGGAAACAGUCUAGGCGUCUUCGCCGAGCUCUUUGGAUGAAAAAUGUGAAGCUGUUGGCCAUGUUAACAGGUGUGAUUAUUUUUGUGCUGUACUUGAUUAUCGCUGCUUGUUGUGGAGGCAUCACUCUUCCUUCAUGUCGCUCUUGAACUGAAACCUGGGAUUGAUUGUCUGCAAGGGUUUGCAUUAUCUAAAAUUCAGAAUUGUUGCUUGCCUCUAUUAAUCUCAAGAUUCAGAUUUAUCAAGUGUGAUUGCAAACAGAAGCAUGUUAUUGCAUCCCAAGAACCUCACAAAAAUCACAGAACUGAAGUUCUAUUUGCUCAAGUUCUUUAUCACGAGGUCCACUGCAUAUUUUUGCUGGUUGGUUACUACUUGCAAAUUUGUCUUCCUUUCCUGUAAAAUGUUGUUGGACUUCUGUAUAGUUUUCAUUUUAGUCGUGAUAAAUUGUCAAAGUUCAGCUUGUGCUUUCUGUGUUGAUUUAUGUCUAAAGCUUGUGCAUAUACUUCGCUCCCUUCUAUAAGCUUGCAGUUUUAAUAUUGAGAUAGUCCAAAUCUUUU